CGUCAGUGCUAUCAUGCAUUCCACGCAAUUGCUCUCCGAAACCCAUCUUACUGAUUUUCUUUUCUUCCCCAUUUGCCAACGAGUUGAGCUUCUUCUCUCUUUUUUGCUUCGCUCAAGCGCCUACGUGCAAUAAAAAUGGCGGCUCAGACACCAAGGCAGACGAUGGACAGCUUCGUCCAGUACGUCAAGGGCGAGGGUAUCCUGGAUGAUAAAUUUGAUAAUACGAGGAACUUAGUCCGUGAAACCUAUCCCGAGUUCGCCUUGGAUAUUUUCAAGAAUUAUGUGCGGGAUGCAGAUAAGCUCAUGAGAGAACUGGCCCAUCAUCUGAAGCAGCCUGUUGUGGACUAUCCUAAAGUGGAUAACAUCACUCAUCGGUUUAAGGGAGCUAGCAUGAGCAUUGGCGGCUGUCGUGUGGUGACUGCUUGUCUUGAACUCCGAGAUGCUUGUGAUCGCAAAGACAAGGAGAGGUGCCUUGAAGCGUAUCAGCAGGUAGUAACUGAGUACUCGACUCUGCGGGACAAGAUGAAGACCAUAUGCAAGAUGGAGCGAGCAGUCAUAGACGACGAGGCUGGAGGCCAUAGCAAGAAAUAGAACUGUCCCGGUACAACUCCAUAAUAAGGUUGGCAGCAAUGCUUAGUAUAUCUAUUCGUGUCGGGAGGUAAGUGCUUAUGGUCAAGGAACUCAGUACUGUUCAUAACGGGCAUCUGUCAGACAGAUUAAUACUGAACACUUCAUGUAUGUCUAUUGUCUGUAUGUCUAUGCGGUAUGAUGCUAUAAUUCUCCAUCAUUUGUCUCUGCUUUUCA